CGUCCUCACACGCCAGGGCUGUCAGAGAGGAUACACGUCCUGCUGCAGCUCUCCCACCCUAACAAUAGCGAUGAACACCGGCUGAAUGUAUUGUUCCCAGCGGAGCCACCGAGUCGCAUCCAACCGGGGUUUUGGAUCCUAUUUUCUGGGAAAUGCGCUCGUAAAUUCGACCGAUUAGCUUCCGCGUAACCGUGAAGCCCCUGGAGCGUCUUUAAUUGGGUCGAUAUUGUCUUGAUUACGUUAAAUCAAGCAGAAAGUUAACAUCCUCAGCUGGGAUUUAUCCACACUGGAGAAAGGAAAAAGGAAAAUGGAUUCCCCCUUUGAACGCACCAGUCCGGUUAACGCCGCUGCUAAGAAAAGGCCCGACACGAUCCCCGGGCUUUCCUUGCUCCCGCUGGCCGAGCUGAGCGCAGUGAACCCCCGCUGCAGGGAGCUGUCCUCCCCGGGCCCCGAGGUGGUGAUGUCCCCGGUCACCAACCUGGCUCUGGUGAUGAACAACCUAGCUGGACUCGGAAGCCUCUUUGACACCCCGAAAAGGAGCAAGCAUGCCACCCUGGAGAAGGUCCCCUCGUUCGGCUCGGACGUCUCCUCGGAUGCUGGCCUCGGUAUGGAUCCUCCCAGCCCUUCGGAUGGGGAAGUGGAAGACGCAUUUGAACGGGCCAUUGAACAGUCAACUAAAGUUAUUAACGAGAAGAGGACAAUUCGAAGAAACAACUCUUUACCACUGCAGCUCCUCGGCUUCAGCCCGGCUCUGAAGGGUCAGGAGACGGGCUCCAACCGCUAUGGGACAUUCGGCCAGAAACCCACUCAAACAAAUGCCGCUUCCACAUCUCAGCACAACAAGGAGAACAUGCCAGAGGAGGGCUUCGAAUUCAAAAAACCAUCCAAGCCCGUGUCAAGAAAUCGCCUGCGCUCCUUCCAGGACACCUUGGCCCUCCGUCCCAACUCUGCUCCGGCUCUCAUGGUCUCCUCACCUUCUGCAGUCCAGAUGCUGGACUUCUGUGACUCCAGCCCCAUGAGAGGUUCCUCCCCUCUAAACGACGAGGACGACGAUGGCUUUUUGGAGGCGCUUGACGACAUGGAGAGCGACUCUGGGAUGCCGAUGGGAAUGGCCACCUUGCUCACAGCGCCGCUGAUGGCUGACAGGGCAGCAGAGGACUCUCCCAUAAUUCGGUGCCGGCCCAGAAACCUGUUCCGCUCGCCCUCCACGCCCAGCCCGGUGUCCCGUCCCUCCAUGAAACGCCCCGACUGCCCCACAGAUGAAAACACCCCCAUUAGAGUGAAGAGACGGCGCAGCGUGGCAGGAUCCCAGGUCACCACCAUGGAGCAGGACCCAGAAUCCCCCAGGGUGAGCUCCGCGCUGCUCCAGAGGUCCAAGUCCUUCUGCCAGACAGAGAUUGAAAAGUACUGGGACGACGGUUCCAACGAGCUAAUCGGAGAUUUCACGAAGCCUUUCGUACUACCCACCGUGGAGGGAAAACAUCAAGACCUCAAGUACAUCACCCCAGACAUGAUGGUUGCAGCUCUGAACGGCCAGUUUGAACAUCUGGUGGAGCAAGUGAUCGUCAUCGACUGCCGCUACCCCUACGAGUUUGAAGGAGGACACAUUAAAGGAGCCCUGAACCUGCACCAGGAGAACCAGGUGGAGGACUUCCUCCUCAAGACCCCCAUCGUCCCGUCCCACGCAGAAAAGCGCGUGGUGAUCGUCUUCCACUGCGAGUUCUCGUCGGAGCGGGGUCCUCGGAUGUGCCGCUUCGUCAGGGAGCGAGACCGCGCCCUCAACGAAUACCCCAAACUCUUCUACCCCGAGCUCUACAUCCUCAAGGGCGGGUACAAAGAUUUCUUCCCUCACUUCCAGUCGCAGUGUGAACCCCAGUCCUACCGGCCCAUGCACCACGAAGAUUACCGGGAGGAUCUGCGGAAAUUCCGCCAGAAAAGUCGCACGUGGGCCGGGGAGCGCAGCAAGAGGGACAUGUACAGCCGGCUGAAGAAGCUGUGAUCUCCCGGUCCUACCCACCUCCCCCGGACCUGGACUCGGUACCACGGCCUCCCCCCGCCCACCAGGGGGUCGCACCAGCAGGACACAGUCCAGCUUCAUUUUUAACCAAUAACCAAGUUUAUUUAUGCAAAUUUUAAAGAGGAGAAAGACGUGAAAUGAAGAACCUUUUUUAAGGACUUCUGAGAUGCAGCCACCAGAUUUUAUGAAGCAUUCUUUUGGACCUACGGCCUGUUUUAUAGUAUUUUAAUCACAGUUGGAUUGCAAUAACACCCUAACCACACUACCAAGUCUGAGCUCCGUCUCCUCGCUGGCUCCCAUCUUCUUCUGUGUUUUUAUAUUGUUUUUUUUAUUUUGUAUUUUUUUUUUUUUGAAGGCACUUAAUUUAAUCCUUUCACAAACUGAGGUGCUUUUUUUUUUCUUUU